AUGUGCCGGAUAGGGUACGUCAAAGCAGCUUCAGCGCCGGUUUCCCGUAGCCUCCCUCUCCGUUCCCCUGCUCCCCACUUUGCUUCCUUAUUCACCCCUCCAUUCCCCAGAAACCCAAAAGCGUCCUUACACUGCUCUACUCUUUGCUUGCCCGUUGUUCCUUCCUCCCUUUCCACUGCUCCACACCUUGCUAAUCCCAUAUUCUCCCCUCCCUUCCUCGUAAUCCCCGCCUUGCUUCCCCCAGUUCCCCACCUUCCAUCCCCCCUGCUCCCCGUCUCAUUCCCUCCUGUUCCCCACCUCAAUCCCCCAUGCUCCCCACCUCAAUCCCCCCUGCUCCCCACCUCAAUCCCCCUUGCUCCCCACCUCAAUCCCCCCUGCUCCCCAACUCAUUCCCCUUUGCUCCCCACCUCAAUCCCCCAUGCCCCCCACCUCAAUCCCCCAUGCUCCCCACCUCAAUCCCCCAUGCUUCCCACCUCAAUCCCCCCUGCUCUGCACCUCAUCCCCCCCUGCUGCCCGCCUCAUUCCCCCCUGCUCCCCACGUUGAUUUCCCCUGCCCCCCGCCUCAUUCCCCCCUGCUCCCCGCCUCAAUCCCCCCUGCUCCACGUCUCAUUCCCUCCUGUUCCGCACCUCAAUCCCCCCUGCUCCCCACCUCAUUCCCCUUUGCUCCCCACCUCAAUCCCCCAUGCUCCCCACCUCAAUCCCCCAUGCAACCCACCUCAAUCCCCCAUGCUCCCCACCUCAAUCCCCCCUGCUCUGCACCUCAUCCCCCCCUGCUGCCCGCCUCAUUCCCCCCUGCUCCCCACGUUGAUUUCCCCUGCCCCCCCGCCUCAUUCCCCCCUGCUCCCCGCCUCAAUCCCCCCUGCUCCACGUCUCAUUCCCUCCUGUUCCGCACCUCAAUCCCCCCUGCUCCCCACCUCAUUCCCCCUUGCUCCCCAACUCAAUCCCCCAUGCUCCCCACCUCAAUCCCCCAUGCACCCCACCUCAAUCCCCCAUGCUCCCCACCUCAAUCCCCCAUGCUCCCCACCUCAAUCCCCCAAGCUCCCCACUGCAAUCCCCCCUGCUCCCCACCUCAAUCCCCCAUGCUCCCCACCUCAAUCCCCCAAGCUCCCCACUGCAAUCCCCCCUGCUCCCCACCUCAAUCCCCCUUGCUCCCCACCUCAAUCCCCCUUGCUCUCCACCUCAAUCCCCCCUGCUCCCCACCUCAAUCCCCCCUGCUCCCCACCUCAAUCCCCCAUGCUCCCCACCUCAAUACCCCCUGCUCCCCACCUCAAUCCCCCCUGCUCCCCACCUCAAUCCCCCUUGCUCCCCACCUCAAUCCCCCCUGCUCCCCACCUCAUUCCCCUUUGCUCCCCACCUCAAUCCCCCAUGCUCCCCACCUCAAUCCCCCUUGCUGUGCACCUCAUCCCCCCCUGCUGCCCGCCUCAUUCCCCCCUGCUCCCCACGUUGAUUUCCCCUGCCCCCCGCCUCAUUCCCCCCUGCUCCCCGCCUCAAUCCCCCCUGCUCCCCGUCUCAUUCCCUCCUGUUCCGCACCUCUAUCCCCCCUGCUCCCCACCUCAUUCCCCCUUGCUCCCCACCUCAAUCCCCCAUGCUCCCCACCUCAAUCCCCCAUGCACCCCACCUCAAUCCCCCAUGCUCCCCACCUCAAUCCCCCAAGCUCCCCACUGCAAUCCCCCCUGCUCCCCACCUCAAUCCCCCUUGCGCCCCACCUCCAUCCCCCCUGCUCCCCACCUCAAUCUUCCCUGCUCCCCACCUCAAUUCUCACCCUCCACCAGUCAUGGCCCGACGUGUGCGCAGGCGCACAGGUCAACCACCUGA